UGUAAACAGAGAGCGAAGGCGCGAAGAUGUAAGAAAAAGUAACCAAAUUUUCCUCUAAUAUAAUUCCACUGUAACUACGACGCGUUCAUGGUGGUUAGAGGAAAUUCGUAACUGCAUUCUGCGUGGUAAUGGAAGUGUCACUUAAUGAAGGAAUUGUAUGAGUGGUAUUCAUCACUUUCAAGAUUUGGAGCUUCCUUGUCAAACUAGACUGAGGCUUCAGUUGUAUCCAUUCUGAGGCAUGACAAUGACAAUGUUGAACACCAAAAUGACCUCUUUCUGUGUGAGGCAGUGAUAUUCUAAGCUUGUAGUGUUUGCUAUAAGGUGAUCUUCUCUCAGGAAAGAAAGGAGAUAAGAAUGAGAUUAUCUUUUGGAAUUUUGUGGAGUAUGUGCUGAAAGUUUACAAGUAAAGCAACAUGAGUAACAUUGCAAGGCUUGAGAAGGACAAGCGGCGUGCAGAGCAUAAGAAUAACCUUAAAGAGGUUGCUAGUUUAGCCAACCUUCUGGGGCAAGAGCUGCAGCAAGCAGGAGACUAUGAGGGCGCUCUGGUCCAGCAUCGUGAGGAAGUAGCCUUGUGUGAGGCGCUGGGUGACACCAUUGGUGUGGCUGUGGCACAACGCCGCAUGGGGGAAGUGUACAGUGAGAUGGGAGAAUGGGGAAAAGCACUCCAAUACCUAAAUAAAUAUUUAUCUCUUGCCAAAGAGGCAGAAAGUUUGGUGGAAGAGCAGCGUGCUUAUGCAACUCUUGGUCGCACUCAUUUGCAGAAAGCCGAGGAGGCAGGAUUGCGGGGCCAGGAGGAGGACCAGACAAAGGCUUUGACAGAAGCAGAGAAGGCUUUCUUACGUUCCCUUUCUGUAUGUGAACGUCUCAAAGGAGCAGUUGAUUCUCAGGAGCAUAGCCAGAUGCGUUGUCGGCUUUAUCUUAAUCUUGGUUUAGUUCUAGAUUAUCGAGGAAAUGUUAAAAAGGCACGUCACUUUAUAAGCCAAGCGCUAGAUUUGUGCACCAGUCACAGUCUUCAUGAAGAUGCACAAAGAUGCCAUUCAGCGCUUGGGGUUAUCUUGCUGCGAGAAGGCCUCCAGACAGAUGCCCUUCAAGAGGGUCAGAAAUCAUUAGCUUUGGCAGCCAAACUUCACAAUAAAGGUCUCCAGUGUGACUGUCACUCAUUCCUUGCACAGGUCCAUCUUGCUAAUGCUGACUAUGAGGCUGCAAAAAAAUGCUAUCACAAAGCCUAUAAACUGAAACACCCUGACCGUGAAGAUAGAGAAAGAAUUGAGAAAAAUUUAAAGUGUGUUGUAAGUAUGUGUGUAGCUGAGGACUCUCUUGUGAUGAUGGGAGAUUGCACUGAUGACGAGAAGAUAAAAUUAUAUGAAAAACUAGGGGAUGGUUCAGCCAACUUGGGAUUCUACACAAAAGCAAUUGAGUAUUACCAAAAAAUGUUGGAGUGCGCAGUCCGUGCGAACAAAAGCCCUUCGUUUCUUGCUCCUAUAUAUCUAUCUCUUGCACAGACUUAUUCUGAUAACAAACAGUUUUUGGAGGCUAAACAGUAUUAUAUAAAAGAAUAUGAAAUAAAGCUUCAAGAAGAUGCUAGUGAAGCCUGCAAAACAUUACUCACCAUUGCAGAUGUGCGAGAAAGGCUAGGAGAAAAUUAUGAUACACUCUCAGAUACCUAUCAUGAAGCUAGAGCAUUGGCUGCUAAAGACCGCAGUCCAAAACUAGAGGUUUAUGUGCUACGUUUGUAUUCGUGCCUUCCUGGUAUCCCAGAAGAUGUAAAAUGUGAGAUCAAAGAACAAAUGAAUUCACUGGCAAAUGAAAAUGAUUUAGAUCCAGAAGCAGACCUAAGUGAUGAGGAAGAAAAUGAAUGUGAAGAUGAGGUUGACCUAAAUCUUGUCAACUUUUCUGACAGUGAAGAUGACCAUGAAAACUUUGACAGGCCUAGGCAGUCACGUCAGAAGAAGUCUCUUGUGGUAAAGAGAAAUGAAAAAGGAGAAACACCAUUGCACAAGGCUUGCAUAGAUGGGAAUCUUACCAUGGUGCGGAAGCUCCUGCAACAAGGCCAUCCUGUCAAUCCUCGUGACAAUUGUGGCUGGCUACCCAUCCAUGAAGCAGCCAAUCAUGGUUACUAUGAUAUCAUUCUUGAGCUGAUAGAGGCUGGAGCGUGGAUUAGCGAUCGAGGAGGAAAACAGUGUGAUGGUAUCACACCUAUGCAUGAUGCUGCAUCUUGUGGAAAUAUAGAGAUUGUCAGGCUUCUUAUGAACAAAGGGGCCUCAGUCAUUGCUAAAACUGAUGAUGGUGAUACACCCUUGGAAAGUUUGGUAAAUUACAGGAGACGAGCAAAGCUUUCUAAAAGAGGGGAAGAGGAAUGUAUUAGACUUGAGACAGAGCUUAAGGAAACAAUGAAGCGUGCUGGGCACAAGAUACCAGCCAAGGCUUCUGACUCCUCUCCAUCAGAGCGCUUUAGCCCCAAGGAAUCCCAGCCACUGAAGAGGAGGACAAGUUCACAUACAUCUUUGUCUGGGAUAGAGGAAGUGUCAAGACAGAGAAGGGUUAGUGAAGAAAAAAAUAUUAAGAGUAAGCUGAGUUCUAGACUAGGCUUUGAAGAAGAGGAAAGUGAAGGGUUUCAGGACUAUGAGUUACCUGACCCUUGUGCUACUGGUAGUAAUAGUGGUGAAAGACCAUCAAGUGCAUGUUCUCUAGGAAAUCCAAUUGAAGCCGAUAUUGAAGAAGACUCAGAAGAAUUUGUUAAUCCUUUGCUGAUAGAUUUACAGGAGACGAAAUCAGCAACAGGAACUUACCUGAGUGCAAUUGAGAGUGUGGGCAGUGCUGUGCGUAGAGCUGAAAUACAGAAGAGUAGCUUGUCCCUUCCAAAGGAUAAGAAGCAGGCUCUUGUGACCGAUGAAGAGGUUGUAGAUGACUGGUUAGAUGAUGACCUUGGAAUAUUUUCCAGAAAAAGGAAAAGAGUGGAGAAACUUGAAUUUGAAUAUAAGGAACCCAAGAGAGAACGUAGAGUCCUGUCAGAAAAGAAUUCAUCAGAAAGAAUAUUAAAUCGGAGUAAAAAGGUUCGUCAGACAAAGUUGACCUCAAUUGUGCAGAAAUAUCCAGAGGACAUCCAUGAUGGAAGGAACAGUCCUUGCAGAGAGGGUGAUUUCAGCUUGAGUGACUUGAGAGAUAGUCCUGUAACUACAGAGACCAACAGAACAGUUGAUUCUCCAGCUACAAGUAACCAUGAGAGUCCAAUCACUCCCAGCAGUACACAGAGUACUAUCAGUGGUGGUGCCCUACGUCUCCGAGUUCGAGUGCAGAAUCGUGUCUUAUUGGUACCAGUAGCUGGUGCUGGACAGAACCGAACAGUAAGUUGGCUAGGAGAGGUAACAAGAAGGUAUUACCAGCUAGCUGGAUUACGUCCCCAUCUUACACUGACAACUCAGGAUGGUGCUGUCCUUGAUCCCAAUGAUCCAAUAUCUCUAGUGCUCCCAAUGGAGAUGUCAGAGUUGCAGGCACAGGUAACAGGUUGGGACUUGCCGCCUUUGCCUGAUCGCUAUAGCCAAGCAUGCCAGGCUCUUGGCACCAUUCCUGUGUCAUCAAUCUCUUCCAUCUUGCACCGCACAGAAGCCUCAACUAGUCUUGAUCUCAAGCAUGUAAGGCGUAUCACAACACUACAACUUCAGCCAGUUCUCAGAGCCAUUCAGUGCCAGCAAAGUUUGCGAAGUAUAGAUCUGUCACAUUGUCGACUGGGAGAUGACGGCUUCCGCCACCUAAUAGAAGCCUUGCAAUCCUUACCAUCACUUGAAGCUUUGCACCUGAGAGCUGUAGCUGUGACUACAUCAAGUUUUGUUGUACUUACAGAAGCUAUAACUUCUGGAGAAGUUCCACUAAAAUGCUUGACAUCAUUAGACAUGAGUUAUAACACACUUUCUGGAGUUAAACUUUCCCACAUAGGGACAGUUUUAAGCUUACCAUUGCUCACUAGUUUGAUGUUAAAACAUUGUAGUAUGUCACUCAUUGGACAGCAACAAAUACCCUCGAUAUCUUCAUGUUUAAAAACAUUGUCACUUGAUUAUAACAUCAUAAAUAGUGUGUCCCUAGCAAACUUGCUAUCUUGUGUACCACAGGUGUCGAGUCUGACCCUCAGUGGUGUGAGAAGUAACCAGGAGGCAAAGGCUGACUCCAGUGCACGUUUAGGUGUUGCAUUGUCUGGAGUCUUAGGAGCUGGAGAACAGUGUCUCUUGCAACAACUGGACCUUAGCUCUUGCAACCUCUCAGAUGCUGACCUCGAGGAUAUCUCAGCUUACCUAUAUCGUUGUCCCUUCUUGACCUCCAUCAACUUGGCACACAAUCCAGACAUCACAUCAUCAUCUGUAAAUGCUCUUCUUGAUGAACUCACAUCAAAUCUUGUUCUUCCACUCACUGAUCUUAGCAUUCAUGGUAAUAAGAGCUUCCCAGUGCAGGUGACAGCAAAGAUUGCUGCAACACUGAGACACAAAGCAGCAACAAAAUAUCCUAUGAAAAAAAUAUCAAUUUCAAGCAUGGACAGCAGUUCACAGUUAGAGGACUUGUGGAAAUCACAGCAUCAGCAAAAAGCCAGUGUAAACACAAUAAGUGGUGAAUUAUUUCUUGAGUGUGUUGAGAGCUGAACUUGUAUUGUUGGAGUUGGACAUUUUUAGAAUGUUUUAUAGAUAUAUUUUAUGGUAUAAAUGUUGAUAUGAAUAUUUA